UUAUAUUUUUCAAUGAUUAGAAUCUUUUUUUCAAUUGUACUACUCACAUGAUCAAUUGCACGAAUUUUUACCUUGAGUUUAUUUGUAACCUUACUUUUGUAUUGAUUUUUUAUGGCAUAAUUUAUCAGAUGUCAAUCACUGAAUCAAAUAUGUAUCAUUAUAUUUGUCCAAUUUAGUCAUGACAUAUUUGGUGUUCAUUAGUGAUAGUGAUAUCCUCUUACUUUUCAUAUUUUUCCCUUUCCCCCACCAUCUGAAAUUUAUCGUUUUCCCCACCCAAUUUAUCUAUAUCCAUGAUAAUCGACUUCAAUAAAAUUCAAUGUAGGUAGACACUAUGGCACCUUGUGUCACCAAAUCAUUUUCAAUAUUAACUGAUACCUAAUACUAGUAUUACGAAGAUAACAUUAUGACUAAUUAUAUCAUAAUUAAAAUAUUUAAUAACAAAUUGUGAGAUGGACUGGUCCACUUCUGAAUGGACGGGGAGGUCACGUUGUAGAAGAAGAAGCAGAAGAAAAAGGCGCAUCGUAAAAGAUGGCGGUUUCCUUCAAGAGAGCCGACUAUGUGGUGAAAAAGUGAUAGUUUACUAUUUUAUAAGUGUAUCUGAAUAUACUUUCGGUUUGGUGGCAGUUUUUUAACUUAACUUCCUGUGGAAAAUUAAUAUAAUGUCUUUCAACCCCUUUGUGAAAUAAUGCUGUUGUCAACUUUAUAUUUUUUCGAUGUGUACAACGAUAAAAUGGCUCUAUUUGAGUUCGGAUAAGUGAAAAUGAAGUGAAUUUCCAAAAAAAGGACCUAGUGAAUAAGCUGGAUAAUAGCAAAAUAUGGUCUAGCAGUAGGAUUCUUGGGUCCUAACAUUCCAAGAAAAGAAAUUGUAAGAAGAUGUACUUAAACGAAACUGUGCUAUAACUUGUGAACUCUAGUGUUGUGAAAAAUGUCUCAAACGCCCCAUAAGCCACUUCAAAAAAUGUGUAAAUCGCCCAAGAAUACGUCGUACCAAACCAUCAAACAAGAGAAGAUAGAUUAUGAAAAUCUAAGCACCAACUGUACUGUAGUGGGAUCUAACAACCUAAAUCUUGUGAAAAAACCGCAAAUCGUUAGUAGUAUGUCUCCUGCAUACUCAAAUCCAAGCCCUGGAUAUCCUCCCUCACCAUAUUCAUCACCUGCGAGCUUGAAGUCUCCAUCUCCAUCUCUGAAACCUCCUACACCACAACCAAAUUAUCCAGUAAUGCAAAUUAUUCAUAAUAAUUUACUGGCGAGACCCAUCCAAACCUCGCAACCUCAAAAUAUCAUUAAAUUGAAGUCACAUCUGAAUAUUUUGCCAAAACCAUCAGCCAGUCCUCAACCAUCACCAAAACCAAGUGUGAG